CUUAAAUCAUCUUCCCCUCCCAUACAUCUCUUCUAUUUGGUCUGAUUUGAGAGGUUUCUUCUGUUCUCUGAUCUGUUCUUAUUUUGUCAAGCUUGAAGUGCUCUGUGAAGUGGACUGACAAUGGUUCAGAUGGUUUCUUCCACUUCAUCUCCUGUGACCAUCACAGUUUCUUCUUCUGGAGGUAAGGGAGGAGGGUUUAGGUCUAGCGUGGGCUUGACGAGUCCAAUUUCACGAAAUUCCCCUCUUAGUAGCAGAGGACACGGGGCUUCAAGUGGUGGAAGGCGAGCCUCCAGUGUUGGAACUGGAAAAUAUUGUUCCAUGUCUAAGGACGAAGCCGAAGAAGUGAGCUCAGAGUUUGUGAACUAUACUGUUCACAUCCCACCAACUCCAGAUCACCAAACCAUGAACUCCUCUCAAACUAGCCUCCCUGACGAUGAUGCCAAAGACCCAGGAAAACCCAACAGAAGUUACAUCUCAGGUACCAUCUUCACCGGAGGAUUCAACUCGGUGACUCGUGGGCACGUUAUCGAGUGCUCAACUGAUCGUCCUGAAAUGAUAAAAUCCAUGGCAAUGAUAUGCGGCACGAAGGGUUGUGACGGUAAAGCAUUGAAAGGUGAUGGAAAGGUUCCAUGCGAUUGUGGUUUCAAAAUUUGCAGGGACUGUUACCUGGAUUGCCUUGGAAAUGGAGGCAAUUGCCCGGGAUGCAAGGAGCCGUACAAGGAUGUGUUCGACGUCGAUGGAGCCGGGUCUGAAGGAGGCGAUCAGGCUCGUCCCCUACCCUCAAUGGUGGAUAGAAGGCUUUCACUGGUGAAAUCAUUCAAAGCUCCAAAUCAUCCUCCUGAUUUUGAUCACAACCGCUGGCUCUAUGAAACAACGGGGACAUAUGGGUAUGGAAAUGCAGUCUGGCCGAAAGAUGGAUAUGGUGGAGGAUCUGGGGUUAAUGGUUUCGAAUAUCCACCUGAUUUCGGAGAAAGAAGCAGGAGGCCUCUGACCAGGAAGGUGUCUGUUUCUACUGCCAUUCUUAGUCCAUACAGGUUGCUUAUGGCAAUUCGUCUUGUUGCGCUUGGUUUUUUUCUUACUUGGAGAAUUAGACAUCCCAACCAUGAGGCAAUUUGGUUAUGGGGAAUGUCAGUUACUUGUGAACUCUGGUUUGCCUUGUCAUGGCUUCUCGACCAGCUCCCCAAGCUAUGUCCAGUAAAUAGAGUGAAUGAUCUUUCUGUUUUGAAAGACCGUUUUGAAUCCCCAAACCUUCGGAAUCCCAAAGGAAGAUCUGAUCUUCCAGGGAUUGAUGUUUUUGUCUCCACAGCAGACCCAGAAAAAGAACCUCCCCUUGUAACUGCAAACACCAUUCUCUCAAUCCUUGCUGUUGAUUACCCCGUGGAAAAGCUUGCUUGUUAUCUAUCAGAUGAUGGAGGAUCCCUACUGACAUUUGAAGCUCUUGCUGAGACUGCGAGCUUUGCACGGAUAUGGGUUCCUUUCUGCAGGAAACAUAGAAUAGCACCGAGAAAUCCUGAGGCAUACUUUGGGAAGAAACGUGACUUCCUCAAGAACAAAGUCCGGCUAGAUUUUGUCAGGGAGAGAAGAUGGAUGAAGAGAGAAUAUGAUGAGUUCAAGGUGAGGAUAAAUUCCCUACCUGAAUCAAUAAGGAGGCGGUCCGAAGCAUAUAAUGCCCAUGAAGAGCUAAGAGCAAAGAGAAAACAGAUGGAAAUGGGUGGCAAUCUUUCUGAACCUCUCAAGGUCCCAAAGGCUACAUGGAUGUCUGAUGGGGCUCAUUGGCCAGGAACAUGGUCCUCUACAGAGAAUGACCAUUCAAGAGGGGAUCAUGCGGGUAUAAUUCAGGCAAUGCUAGCUCCACCAAAUUCGGAACCAGUGAUGGGCCCCGAAGCAGAUGAGGAGAAUCCAAUUGAUACCACUGAAGUUGAUAUCAGAUUGCCAAUGCUGGUAUAUGUAUCUCGAGAGAAAAGACCAGGCUAUGAUCACAACAAGAAAGCAGGGGCUAUGAAUGCUCUAGUUCGAACAAGUGCAAUCAUGUCAAAUGGCCCUUUUAUACUCAACCUUGACUGUGACCACUACAUCUACAAUUCCUUAGCCCUAAGGGAAGGGAUGUGCUUCAUGCUGGACAGGGGUGGCGAUAGAAUCUGCUAUGUCCAAUUCCCGCAGAGGUUUGAAGGUAUUGAUCCAAAUGACCGUUAUGCAAACCACAACACAGUAUUCUUUGAUGUGAGCAUGCGAGCACUGGAUGGGUUGCAGGGUCCAAUGUAUGUGGGGACUGGUUGCAUUUUCCGGAGAAUUGCUCUUUAUGGCUUUAGUCCUCCAAGGGCUACAGAACAUCAUGGGUGGUUUGGAAGAAGGAAAAUGAAGCUGUGGCUGAGAGGACCACGCAAAGUGGCAAAGAAGGAAGCGGAUGAGAUGGUUUUGCCAAUCAAGGGUGAACACAAUGAUGAGGAUGAUGAUGGAGACAUUGAAUCUCUGCUUCUUCCAAAGAGGUUUGGAAAUUCUAUGGCACUUGUAGCAUCAAUUCCAGUAGCAGAAUAUCAAGGAAGGUUGCUUCAAGAAUUGCAAGGAAAAGGGAGUCAAGGCCGGCCUGCUGGUUCUCUUGCCGUGCCUCGAGAGCCCUUAGAUGCUGCAACAGUUGCAGAGGCAAUAAGUGUGAUAUCUUGCUACUACGAGGACAAAACAGAGUGGGGCAGAAGGGUGGGUUGGAUCUAUGGUUCUGUAACAGAAGAUGUGGUUACAGGUUAUCGGAUGCACAACAGGGGAUGGAGAUCAGUAUACUGCAUCACCAAGCGUGAUGCAUUCAGAGGGACGGCACCUAUCAAUCUGACUGACCGACUCCAUCAAGUCCUCCGAUGGGCAACUGGUUCUGUUGAGAUCUUCUUUUCCCGCAACAAUGCACUGUUCGCCUCCAGGCGGAUGAAAUUCUUGCAAAAGGUGGCCUACUUCAAUGUUGGGAUAUACCCAUUCACAUCAUUCUUCCUUCUUGUAUACUGCUUUCUGCCAGCAAUGUCCCUCUUCACAGGGCAGUUCAUAGUAGAGUCCCUCAAUGUGACCUUUCUUGCGUUCUUGCUGGUGAUCACAGUCACCUUAUGCUUGCUAGCCAUCCUUGAGAUAAGGUGGUCUGGGAUCACUCUUCAUGAAUGGUGGCGAAACGAACAAUUCUGGUUGAUUGGUGGAACCAGCGCUCACCCAGCUGCAGUGUUACAGGGGCUACUAAAGCUAAUUGCAGGAGUUGAUAUUUCAUUCACAUUGACAUCCAAAUCUGCAGCACCUGAUGAAGGAGAAGAUGAGUUUGCAGAUCUAUACAUAGUGAAGUGGAGCUUCCUGAUGGUCCUACCAAUUACAAUUAUGAUGGUGAACACCGUAGCAAUUGCAGUCGGGGUGGCAAGGACCAUAUACAGCCCAUUCCCGCAGUGGAGCAGGCUUCUUGGAGGGGUGUUCUUCAGCUUCUGGGUGUUGUGCCAUCUCUAUCCAUUUGCUAAGGGCUUGAUGGGGAAAAGAGGGAAAGUCCCCACCAUAGUCUUUGUAUGGUCUGGAUUGCUGUCAAUCAUUAUAUCCUUACUUUGGGUAUACAUAAGCCCUCCUUCUGGGAGUCAGGAAUAUAUGAAUUUCCAGUUCCCUUAAUGUCCUCAUGUAUCUCCUGUAAGCUGAAAAGGGGUUCCUAGAGUUUUUGUAUCUGAUCUGAUCUCUAACAUUUUUUGUUAGAGAUCUGCCACGAAAAUGGUGUUCCAAAUGC